UUUCAUGCAUGAGGGCAGCAGAGAUUUCGUUUUGCAGGGGAGACAUCCACAUUGUGAUAAACUCGCAGGCGCUACAAAUUUGACAUUUCGUCUGUUUCCACUUUGGAUUCACACCUGCGGGAUUUUUCCGAGGGAUCUGGGCCUUUGACCUUUUUAACUUUCAAAAGACAGAGGAGCUGUCGCAUAUGGCGUUAUAGCUUCAUUUUGCCAUCAAUCCCUUCUCUGUGGCGAUAACACCUUUGUGUCAGGGGAAACGGAAAAAACCGAGAAUGGCAGUGCCCUCCAUGAGGCAGCUCUCUUUGGGAAGAUGGAUGUUGUUCGCCUUCUGCUUGACUCAGGGAUCGACACCAAUCUAAGAGACAGCCAAGGAAGAACGGCUCUGGAGAUUCUGAGGGAUCAUCCCGCACCAAAAUCCCAGCAGAUCACUGCUCUCAUCCAAGAAUAUAUGAUGGAUGAGAUGGAGAAGCUGAGCAUCCUGGAGGAGCCUGUCCGCACGUGUCCUGUCCCUACACCUCGAACUUCUGUUCCCUCGCCUUCCGCGUCCCCUUCACUGAGACACAAGAAUGAUGCUGUGACAAGCGAACUGUCCAAACUGCUUCAUGAGAUCAAAAAGUGCCGGGAUAGGGACUACUCAUUCGAGGAGCUCUGCCACACCAUCUCCUCCCACUCUAUGGACAGCUUCGGUAGCGGGCGGCUGUCCGAUGAGGAACGCCCAGAUCGACCCAACGGCACUCUGACUCGAGCCAGCAAGCGGCCGACGCCACCUCUCCCUCCGGCCAUGGAAGAAGAUGAGGCAGAAAAGAGCUGCGGUCCCACUGGCUUCUGGGAAGCACUGACUCCAUGCAAUGGCUGUCGUAACCUGGGCUUCUCCAGCCUGUCGCAGGAUUCAAAGCGUUCGGCAGAGAUCGUCACUUCUCCUUCGCUGGAUGUUUUCCUUCCAGAAGACGAGGACAACCCGUAUGAGUCUGUGACCACCGCUGUCACACGCAAACCCUCCUCUCUUGAUAUCAAUCAACGACUCAACGCCUGUCCACGCAAUGGUCACUUGUCCCAUGUAACGGUGAGUGAGGGGGAGCAUGGUAACCAUGGCAACUGCUCAACAGGACCCACACCGGACUGCUCGCCCCCCUCCCCUGACACAGCCCUGAAGAGCAUCGAGAGAGUCAUCCGCCCACAGCCCAAACAGCGCACCUCUCUGUCUUCAUCCUUGGAUGUCCAAAGGCCGGUCAACCACAGCUGUGAGCCCAGCGAGGUGAGCUCUUCCCUCGGCUACGCCAGCUUCAGCACCAGUCCCCCCGCCAGCCCUCCGCUCAGCCCCAACCAGGAGGACUCUGCAGGUUCCAACGACGACUGUCAGCUCACAGACGACAUCCCUUAUCAGCGAGACCCGACUCCUCCUCCUCCUCCCUGCUUGUCCUCCAAAUCAAACGCUCUGUCACAGGACCACAGGAAGAGCCACAUCCCAGAGGAGUUUGCAGGCCUGCUUCAUGGAUCUUCUCCAGCCUGUGAACCCCCCGAUACACCUUACCACCUUUACAGCCCCAAAUCCUUUAAAAAUACAGAUGUCCAGAGCAACUUUCUGCAGACCCCGGAGUUCAGCAUUGUGAUCGGCGGAGGAGCCAGUCAGGUCUUCUCCCGGCCAGGGAGUGAGUCAUACUCUCAGAGCUUAGCCAACGACACUCGAAAGCCACAGGUUGUGUACCGGACUAUCUUCCACACCAAGGUCAACCAGGACCAGGCCCAACCCAGAAACUGUGAACAGGUAGAUCUGCCUCGUGGAUGGUCUACCCUGAGCCACCCACCCUCUUGUUCCUCUGGUCAAAACGGAGAAGUUGCAGAUUUACGGGGAAGCCAGACAGGAGCGACAUCCAAAGACAGUUCACCUGGGAUUGGCUACGAGGAAAGGGCUUGCACCCUUGGGAGGAUGAGGUCCAUGCCACGCAGUGUGUUGGACCUGCAGCUUUCGAAAUCUCUUUCCAAGUCUGAUUCUAACCUAGUGGCAGUGUCUCCCAUACAGGAAGAGCACAGCUGGGGGUCCGGAUCACGGGGCCAGGGCCCUGGAAGUCCGAGCCCACGUGAAGGCGCCAGCCCGGAGGGGAGAUUGGAGAGAACGCCGUCUUUCACUGCUGAGUGGGAAGAGAUUGACAAGAUUAUGAGCUCCAUUGGGGCAGGAAUAAGCAGUGGAUUGGACAUUAAGGAUGAUACCUCAGGUCCCCGCUGCCCGCUGCAGUCUGUGGGCCAGUGGCUAGACUCCAUCGGCCUGGUCCAGUACGAGAACCACCUGCUGGCCAAUGGAUUUGACAACGUCCAGUUUAUGGGCAGCAAUGUGGUGGAGGACCAAGACCUGCUGGAAAUUGGAAUCCUCAACUCGGCCCACAGACAACGUCUCCUGCAGGCCAUACGGCUCUUGCCCAGGGUGAGACCUAUCGGAUACGAUGGCAACAACCCCACAUCAGUGGCAGAGUGGCUGGAGUCUUUGGAGCUCGGGGACUACACCAAGUCUUUCCUUGUCAAUGGUUACACUUCCAUGGAGCUGGUCAAAAAGAUCUGGGAAAUUGAGCUCAUCAAUGUACUGAAGAUCAACCUUAUCGGCCACAGAAAACGGAUUCUGGCCUCAUUGGGGGACCGGCUACACGAAGACACCCCACAGAAACCUCCACGGGCCAUCUCCUUACGGGAGCCCGGAGGAAAUCACACUCCUCCCCAGCUCAGCCCGUCGGUAGGCCAGGCAGCGUACACAGCAGGGGUCCCAGGUGGAUCUCUGGACGUGCAGCACCUCAUGAUGCAGGCGGACGCCCGGCGCAGGCAGCGCAGCAAUGACAACUACUUUGAGGACGUGCCGCGAUCCAAGCUGGAGCGACAGAUGGCUCAAGUCAGCAUGGCAGGCGAGUGGUGUGAGCCAAUCACGUUGCGUCCGCCAAACGAGGCCACCUCAUCCACUCCGGUGCAGUACUGGCAGCAUCACCCCGAGAAGCUCAUCUUUCAGUCCUGCGACUACGAAGCCUAUUACUUGGGCUCAAUGUUGGUGAAGGAGCUGAGGGGGACGGAGUCCACACAAGAUGCCUGCGCCAAGAUGAGGAAGUCGACAGAACAGAUGAAGAAAGUGCCGACCAUCGUGCUGUCCGUGUCCUACAAAGGAGUGAAGUUCAUCGACGCCACAAAUAAGAACAUCAUAGCGGAGCAUGAGAUUCGUAACAUCUCGUGUGCAGCUCAGGAUCCAGAGGAUCUGUCCACAUUUGCCUACAUCACCAAAGACCUCAAGUCCAGUCACCACUACUGCCAUGUCUUCACUGCUUUUGAUGUGAACCUGGCCUACGAGAUCAUCCUGACGCUUGGACAGGCCUUCGAGGUGGCCUACCAGCUAGCCCUACAGGCUAGGAAGAGUGGCCACGGAUCAUCCACACUGCCCGAAAGCUUCGACAGCAAACCCAGCAAACCUGUCCCUAAGCCACGCAUCAACAUCCGCAAGUCUGUCAUCAUGCCCCCCUCCAGCCGCUGGUCACUGGGCCACAUUUACACCCCUCACCGGCCUCCUCUUCACCCUCCUCUUCCUCCCUCUCGACUCUUCCAUCUUCCUCACAAAGCUCAGUCACAGGUCCUCCACGCUUUUCCUUCUCUUAUCCUUUGUUUUCACAUAAUUUUUCAUUUAUUCAAGGAGAAGGCGCCAUCUGUAAGUGCUUCCAUUUUAAUUCUGUUGCUUUUACUCAACUGACUCUGCAUCCUUGUGUGUCCUCUUUGCUGUGUGUGUUUCUUCAUUUACUACCUCAUGGCUCGAUAUCACUUUUAGUUGCGCUGGUAUUAAAAGGACAGCCAAUCUUGCAGAGCCAAUCCAUUUCAUAAGUGCUUCAGUUUUUACGUGUCUGUCUGUACCAAUUCAGCCUCUGGAUGGAGAUGCACCGCCUCCUUCUUUGUGGUAUAUUUGAGAUGGUAAAUUAAUAUAAAUAAAGCGCUUUGAUCAAUAAACAGUAGAGUUGAGCGGUUGGACGUAUAAACCAGCUAACAGUAAUUGGACCGAGCUGAAGGAUGAGGGAUUUUUUUUGGUCUUUUUUAAAUUUUGUUAAAUUAUGCUAAUUAAAGGGUCUGGCUCUUGAGAAUUCGACUCAGUCAAUAAUUCUCUCGUGAAUUCCUUCCUUUCUUUUUUUGUGUUUAAUAAAUUCUUAGAGUUGCCAAAGAUUCUCAUCAUUAGUGACCUUGUAUGUCCUAGCUUGCCAGCUACGACAAGUGUUGUCAGCCUUUCAGUGGCACAUGGUGCAGGUUGUGUGGCCUAAAUACUGAAUUGCAUACAUUUUCCCCAUUUACUUGCUCUUUCAUGGCUCAGUCAUACUACAGUGAAAAUAGGACCGCAACCUCUUUCUGAUUUGGAAAAAACUGGUGGUUGCCCAAAGACUACGUUGAUUUAUAGUUAUAUAGUAUAUUAUAUAUUAUAUUGAGUGUGUUGAACGUGCAACACACUCAAAUUCUGGGCAACCAAUUUCAAUCACAUGGUGAUUGCUUGGGUCAACUGGCAGCAGGCAACCUGUCUCCACACCAUCGCAGUAUGACUCAGAUUGACUGCAGUCACCCUCAGAUAGACUAGCAGCAGUCUGCAAAUAAUUUCCAUCUAAUUUAUAAAUGGAGACAGAUUUCCAGCAUAUUGUAAUCACCCUGAGUCAGUCUUCACCGACAAGUGCAACUCAGCAGGAAAGCAUCGCAAUAGGGGACUUGAUUCAACUGGUUAUUUUCUGUUUAUAUUCUUAUAUAAAAGUAAGGUUUUAGACUGCCUAUAGCAUUUUGCAGUUACAUUUCCGUUCUGCAGAAACUAUAUCACUAUGUGGGAAUGAAUUUCUGAAUUUCUGUUUUAAAUUUAUGAGGGUCUGGCAGGACUUAGAAUUUUAUGUGAAUUUCUGUGUAUAUAGAUGGCAACAGAUUUGCGUUUUUUACUGAUUUGUUACAGUUGAACAACUUGACUCCAUUCAAUUGGAGCAAAUUGGUCUUCUUGCCAAUUUAUCACAUGUCAAAUUUACUUUGAAGAUUGUUCUUUGAAGCAACUAAGGCAAUAGGGCUGGAAGUUCACAAUAAUUGUGGUCGUCCUGCAGUCUCCAACUAUGGUUUUCCCUAGUUUGAUUGUAACAUUAGAGGCUGCACUUCAUUUAGAUCAAGGCUGUGAAACAUAAGUCCCGGGGGCCAGAAUCGGUCUGGCAAAGACUCCAGUCUGCCCCACUGGAUAGCUUUGGAAAAUGAUAACAAGGGACAAAUUUUGGACUUUUAACUGGAUUUUUCCUUUAUAAAGAUCCCCAUGGGUCCCUCCAUACUCAUACACCAAUGUAAUUAGGUAAUAAAGAAUUAAAUGGGAGCAAAGUUUCUGGGUUUUCAACAUCUACAGAAAUGUGUUAUUUGUUUUUUACAGCAUAAAUCUGCAGUUUACAGAUUUAUUCCUUCGUGUUUAAGCCUGAAGAGUGCUGACAGAUUCUUUCAUUUAAUUUCAUGUGGAAAAACUGAUGUCUACUGUUGUACUUAUAUUAAGAUCUCUCAGGGAUUGAAUGUGUAGUUAAAACUUCACAAGUCAUUUUCAUGCGAAUCAUCAAAUCAAACGCUGGACUCAGAGUGGCCUGCUGGAGCAUUUUAAGACACUGCCUACCCUUUAUAACAAAUGCUUAAAAAUGAGCUAAAUGCUUAAACACACUUAAAACCGCGUAGGUUCAGUACUUCCAGAACUAAAUGCUUGCACUGAACUUUUAUAUUUCGAGUGCUUUCACUUCUGGCCCAACCUCACACUCGCCCAGAAACAUCUUCAUCUAUCACACAAAGCAUAUGAUUUUUAUAAAGGGUCAUUAAAGAACGACUGCCGUUCCACAGUGUAUGUAGUGUGCCAAGAAAUUAUUCAAAAGUUCAAUAGACCCACACUACAAAGAGCAUGUUUUACAUCGGUUUGGACCACUGAGUUCGGAGCCAAAUCAAACAUUGGACGCCCCGGUAGCAUCACUUAAAGUUUCUCUUCCCACCCCUUCCUUGGGAAAAAUUCAUUUUGAAGGCAGACUAUUCAUUCAGCGUCUUCAUGUGUGGUUGAUGAAUUUGAUACUGGUGAUGCUCUGGAUGAGCUCUUCACUGAGCGUGAUGUGUUGUGAUGCUGCGAGAUCGAAAGUGUGUCUGUGUUUGCCCUAAUCCUAUAACCCCAAAACAGGAUUAUAUGGUCUUGCUCUGGCUGUGUGUGUGUGUGUGUGUGUGUGUGU